CGGUGUCACGUGGGUAGUGGGAACGGUUCCGUUUCCGCCCUGGGCACGAAUAGCGGGGGAGCUGCUGCUAGUGUGAAGGGGGAGGGGCAGAGCUCGCAGUGACCCGGCCGGCUGGAGCGGCCUCCUCCCGCCGCCUCACCAUGAUCAAAGCGAUCCUCAUCUUCAACAACCACGGCAAACCCCGGCUCUCCAAGUUCUACCAGCGCUAUAGUGAAGAUACACAGCAACAAAUUAUCAGAGAAACUUUCCAUUUGGUAUCCAAACGUGAUGAAAAUGUUUGUAAUUUCCUAGAAGGGGGCUUACUAAUAGGUGGAUCUGAUAACAAACUAAUCUACCGACACUAUGCCACGUUGUACUUUGUCUUCUGUGUGGAUUCUUCAGAAAGUGAACUUGGCAUUUUAGACCUAAUACAAGUAUUCGUGGAAACACUAGACAAAUGUUUUGAAAAUGUCUGUGAACUGGAUUUAAUUUUCCAUGUAGACAAGGUCCAUAAUAUUCUGGCUGAAAUGGUCAUGGGUGGAAUGGUUUUGGAGACCAACAUGAAUGAAAUUGUCACUCAAAUUGAUGCACAAAAUAAACUGGAGAAAUCUGAGGCUGGUUUAGCAGGAGCCCCAGCCCGGGCUGUGUCAGCUGUAAAGAAUAUGAAUCUUCCAGAGAUCCCAAGAAAUAUUAAUAUUGGUGACAUCAGUAUAAAAGUGCCAAACCUGCCCUCUUUUAAAUAAAAUGGCUACUACAGGUAAAAUCAAGGAAAAAUGUAAUUGAAGUUUAUCAAACAAAGAAAUUUCUAACUUUUGCUAUUUGGAUAAAAAGGUACUGCAUAGAAACUCGGUGUAAAAUCAGUAUGUGAAGUUGAAUGUUGCUUUUGUCUUGCGCAAUGAUUUUAAAGGAAAUGGGUAGUUCCUGUGUGACUUCUAAAUUACAUUCCUGUGCCCUUGUAAGGCAUAACACUGUCUUGGCUGCUGCAGUAUUUUGGGAAAGUAUUUAAGAUAUUCUUUACUUUAAAUAACCUACAAUGUUGAGUCUUUUUGUAUAUCCACUAAGGUCUAUGAUUAGUGCAGCAUUCCUUAACUACUUCUGUUGUUUGUCAUGAUUAUUUAAGAUCCAAGUGUGUAUGUUGCAUGAAAACGUUAAACUGUCUUUUGUUUUUGUUUAAAUAAAGGCAUAAUUAACUGGACUUCUAAA